CUUUACCAGAUAACAAUGCCUACAUCGCCAUGAAUUCCCUCACAUUUCUUGAGGUAUAUCUUGGUCUUCGCCUUUGCACUUUGGCAGGUGGAAAGGUGGUUGGAGAUUCGAAGGAUAUCCCAUCGGAGUGUGUGACAUCGGGAGAGGUGCUGUUGUUAGUAUUGUGGAUGGAUCCGCAACAUGAGGCUACCUGCCCAACGCAAAGUCAAGUACAUUCCCUGGAGAUGAAGCUUAAGCGCCCACCGGGAUGGUGGGUAGAAAUACCAUUUUGUUAACUUAUGAAUAUUCCGCUAUCGAUCCAUGACUGGCUGUGAUACCCUACCCAUUUGUACCAAUUCAUUUGUUUUCUGCGAUAGAACCGAUCACUCUUAUACUUUAUGUACACUCAACAUGACACAGAACGAUACAUUCGUUGGACCUCUGGUACAGCUAGCGCUGUGAUUGUCUACCAAA